UCCAAACGAAUACUAGAAAUAGAACUUUCAUCAGAAUUGAAUGAUGAUAUAUGACUAUUUCUAUAAUCAAUAUUCACACAGCCUGUUAUCGUAAUCAUGAAUCGAUAGUGGUAAAAUUAUACACUUCUUGGAGCGUUACACUAUGAUGAUCCCUUCAUAUUAUAAAAGCCAAGCCUAUGAUUUCUGGAAGAUCUAUGCAAAUUUGUUUUUCAUCUAUGUAUUUUUUUCUCCGACAUGCAAGUAUACGAGAACAGCCAAGUUUUUUGGUUCUCCAACGAGAAAAUUAUUUCCGAGCCAAUUAAAAACAUCGUAAAGUCAUAAAAAAACGUAUCUUCGCUUUUCUAAGUACUCUGAGCUCGCGAAUAAACUACAGCGUACUCGCCUAUUACUAAUAUAGAUAAUUCACAAGUAGCCACGGUCCGCGAAAUUACAGAGUUUCUCGCGAAAAUUGUAGUCGCUAAAACAGCGUAAUAGCUGUAAAAUGCCGUCGUUACACUAUACUUUGCCACAGUACAGAAAAAGAGAAUCGCGUGCGGCAGAGAGAAAAAUGUGUCGCGAGACAAUGAAAAAGGAAAUGAAGUCGAUCAACUUGACGAUAUUCAUGAUGCGCGUGUUAGGCAUGUGGCCAGCAUCAAAUGCCAGAGACAAGUUGCGAUCUGACCUGUCAUUAAGAAUUAUGAUGGUAUCAAUGAGCUCAGCGGUGUUGAUCGAGGCUCAGGACUUGUUCUUCUCGCGCAAGGACAUUCUGGUGAGUGACGAGAGGAUGGAGUGCGAAGCGCAAGUAGAGAGAGCGACAAUGUGUUUUCAGUUGUUGACUUACGCGGCGCCGUGCGCGGUUGUGGUGGCGACGGAAUACUGGAAGCUGCUGGUGUUCGUAAGGAAUCGUCAGCGGGUGAUGCAGCUGAACGACUUGGUGGAGAAGAGCUUCUGGCGAAUCGACUAUGGCCGGGAGGAGACUGAGCUGUUCAACGUGCGCGACCGCCUGUGUUUCAAGGCAAUCUUGCUUUUCGCGCUGUUGGUGCUGACCAUCUGCGUGCAUUACAUCGUUGCGCCUGCCGUUGUUUCCAUAGGAAAGAAUGCGUCCGACAGAAUAUUGCCCUUUCCGGUUUACCUGGAUUCCAGAAUCUACGAGAAUCCUUACUAUGCGAUUGCUUACGUGUUCGAGUUCAUUGGUACAAUGGCGACCUGCUUCUGCGCCACGACCUUUGCCAGCUACUUCUUCGCCAUGAAUUUGUCGACGGCGACGCAAUUGAAACUUCUCCAGCGCGAGCUUCACAACCUGUGCGAGAAGAGUCAAAGCGAAGCUCAUCAAAAACUUAAAGCCUGCAUACGUCGACACCAAAUCAUGAUCACCUACGCCGACCAAGUCGAGGAGCUGUUCUGCUUCGCGAUGCUCGGCCAAAUGUUUGGAUCCGUCACGCAAAUCUGCUUUUCUGGAUUUCAAUUGAUACUGGCAGAAGAGACGACGUUCCAACGCAAGCUGCUCAGCGUCGAGUAUCUACUGGGUAGUUUUGUGCAGCUGUAUUUCUACUGCUACUCGUCUCACGAGAUCUUCACAGAGAGCCAGAACGUUUCAGAAGCUGCUUACUCGGCAAAGUGGUACAGGAUCACCAACCCAAAACUACACAAGGAUUUCGCCUUGAUGUUCGAGAUUAUGGUUCAUCGGGCGAGGAAACCAUGUAUUCUUACCGUUGGCAAAUUUUGCCCGCUGACUUUACAGACUUACUCUUCGGUUGUAAGGACGUCCAUGUCUUACUUCACGGUACUACGACAGGCAGUGUAGCGAUUAUAGAAGAAAUCGUGAUGUACA